UGCUUUCUCACACUGUACUUUACUUGAUUUCUGUACCAAAAUGAUUUAGUAAAGAAACUGCCAGAAGGCAUAAAUAGACUGUAGAAAACCUUCUCUUUUAAGCAACUUUUGUGACUGCUCUAAAUUGAUCAUUUGUUUCACUGGCUAAUCUCUUAAACAAGAGGGCAUGUCCUUUUCACUUGCAAAAUUCUCUCCCACAAGAUGAAUUACCUCCUCAUCACCUCACUUACUAGCCAAUAAGUACUUUAUUCCCUGGUGGGGAUUUUUUGUGCAGAAAAAAGAAAAUCAGCUUUUGCUUUGCUUGCCGGAGCUGUCUGCAUCUUAAUUCUGGGCUCUGAAAGAACAUCAGAGAGUCCUUAUGAUAUUUUGCACAAAAGUCCCAGUGUUCAUAGUUUUAGUCAGGGCACCCAAAAUAGCACUCAGAAAGCAGUGACAUACUGUCAGGAUCAGGAACUAAAAGCACAAGUGUAUGUAACUAAGAGGAAGCUGUGACUUCUGAAGCUUGCCGAGUAGACUGUGAAGUCAAAAGAACUCUUUCCCUCUCUCCAUCAAACGUUUAAUCCGACUUUUAUACUUCCCAUCUCUCCAAGCCUCCCGGGGCCUAGAAGCCAUGCAGGAGUAUAAAAUAUACUUAAUGGUGGAAAAGUAUAUUUUAGAAGCAUAUUCUUAGAAGAAAACAGGUAUUUUCAGAAGGACAGAAAGCACUACUUUACCUGUGCCCACUGAUUUCUCAGAGGAGUACCUUUACUUUUCGAAAAGACAUAUUUUUCAGUAUGAAUUGCUACGUGUCACUACAAUUUCUCUUGGGAUUGGCUCAGCUAUGUCCCUGCCACACAGAUAUGACUAACUCUAAAAUGCAUGAGAUGAACCAGUCUCUAGAAUUUCAUUUGAGAGCCAAGCGGAGCUGGGUGUGGAAUCGUUUUUUUGUGCAAGAGGAACUCUCAGGAAUUGAGCUUCAUGUUGGCCGGCUGAGAUCUAAUUUGGACAAUGGAGAUGCAUCUUUGAUAUAUGUAUUGUCUGGGGAAGGAGCUGGGAGUAUUUUUACCAUUAACAACAGAACGGGUGACAUAACUGCCAUAAAGAAGCUUGAUAGAGAGGAGAAAUCCUACUACAAACUAAGAGGCCAGGUAAUAGAUGUUGUAACUGGGAAGCCUGUGGAACCUGAAUCUGAAUUUGUCAUCAAAGUUCUGGAUAUCAAUGACAAUCAACCAGAAUUCCUAGAAGGACCUUAUGAGACCAGCAUUCCAGAGAUGUCUCCAGAAGGAACUUCAGUUAUCCAGGUGACAGCUACAGAUAAUGAUGAUCCUUCACAUGGGAAUAAUGCUAGACUCAUUUACAGUAUACUACAGGGACGACCCUAUUUUUCUGUAGAACCAACGACAGGAGUCAUACGGAUUUCUUCACAAAUGGACCGAGAGGCUGAAGAUCAAUAUUUAGUUGUUGUUCAAGCCACAGACAUGCUUGGUCUUCCAGGAGGACUUUCUGGAACAACAACUGUCACAAUUAAUCUAUCAGAUGUCAAUGAUAACAGACCUAUAUUUCAAUUUGGUCUCUACCACAUGAAUGUCUCAGAAUCUGCACCAGUUGGAACUUCCAUAGGAGCAAUUUUGGCAGAAGACAGUGACAUAGGUGACAAUGCAAAAAUGAAUUACAGUAUUGAAGAUGGUUCAUAUUUUUUUGACAUUAUCACCAAUAAUGAGACUCAGGAAGGAAUAGUUAUAUUAAAACAGAAAUUAGAUUAUGAGCUCCAACGACAAUAUAGUGUUCGAGCAAAGGUUACCAAUAGCUAUAUUGAUGAAUAUUUCCCUAAGGAUGAAAAUUCUGGACAAACUACUGUUAUCAAAAUCAGAGUGGAAGAUGUUGAUGAACCACCAGUUUUUUCAUAUCUGGAGUAUGUAAUGGAAAUUGCUGAAGAGACUCCAUAUGGUUCACAUGUGGGCACUGUACUUGCCAGAGAUCCAGAUGCUACCAACUCUCAGAUCAGGUAUUCUAUUGUUGGCUGCAGUUUAUUCAGCAUUGAUGACAAUGGCACCAUCAUUGUAACUGAACCGCUAGACCGGGAGAUAGAUGCAUGGCACAAUCUAACUGUAACAGCCACUGAAAAAAAUAAUUUACAACAAGUGUCUGAAGCAAAUGUGUAUGUACAAGUUCUGAAUGUCAAUGACCAUGCUCCUGAAUUCUUCCAUUACUAUGAGACAUAUGUUUGUGAAAAGGCAAACACUGGGGAGCUAAUUCAGACCAUCAGCGCUGUAGAUAGGGAUGCCUCUGUAGAAGACCAUCGGUUUUCCUUCAAUCUGUCUACAGAAGCCGCAAGCAACUUAAGUUUUAUUGUCAGAGAUAAUAAAGAUAAUACAGCGGGAGUUCUAACCACUAAGAGUGGCUUUAGCCGCCAGGAACAGCCUGUUUUCUACCUGCCCAUCUUAAUUGUGGACAAUGGAAUUCCACCUCUUACAAGUACAAAUACUCUUACUAUCCAUGCCUGUGACUGUGAUGAGAAUGGUGGUACCCAGUCCUGCACAUAUGGAGCACUUACCUUUUCCAUGGGUUUCAGCACAGAGGGUUUAAUUGCAAUUUUGACCUGUAUCCUAAUAAUAUUAGUUUUUGUGUUCAUAAUCCUGGGCCUAAAACAGGGACGGAAACAAGCUCUAUUUCCUGAAAAGGGGGAAGACUUUAGGGAGAACAUUGUCAGAUAUGAUGAUGAAGGUGGUGGAGAGGAAGAUACACAAGCUUUUGAUAUAGCAGCACUGCGGACCCGCACUGUAAUGAGAGCAAGAAAGACCCGGAAAAAUAUCACCACUGAGAUCAGGAGUCUAUAUAGGCAAUCUUUGCAGGUGGGCCCCGACAGUGCUGUGUUCAAGGAAUUCAUUUUGGCCAAACUUGAAGAGGCUAAUACAGAUCCCUGUGCUCCUCCUUUUGAUUCUCUUCAGACUUAUGCAUUUGAGGGAACAGGGUCACCAGCUGGAUCACUCAGUUCCCUGGAGUCAAGCAUUUCAGAUUCGGAACAGAAUUUUGAUUACUUAACUGAAUUAGGACCUCGCUUUAAAAAACUAGCAAGCAUGUAUGGGUCCAGAAUUCAUGCAAAGAAUUAGGUCUCUCGAGAAUUUUUUCAAAGGAAUAAUAGUGUAUAUAUGAUCCCAUGGUGAACCAAACUGAACAAAUCAGCAGAUUGUAUGUAAACAAUUGCCAAUCGGCUUCUCUAGGUUUUCUGGCCAUUAUUAAAGGCAAUCUAUUACUUAAUGCCUCCACCCUCUAAAUUGCAUCCUUGUGCCUCAAAGAGUUAAUGGCUCUCAUUAAAGUGCCUACCUCCUGUCCUAUGACUAAAGAGUAACUUGGAUUGUGGAGAAAAUCAGAUUCUAUAAGUUUUUUCUUUGGGAGAUCUUAAUGGCAUGAUAUAACUUUGAAGUACUUAAAUGAAUGAUUGAGUUCUUCCCUUCGAGUAUUUUUACUCCUCUAGUUCCCCACUCGUAAAUACCCUGCCCAAGUUAAUCUUUAAAACAUCUCCAAAGUGAGGCAGACAGCAGGACUAUAUUGAUUAACAAAAGCUAGAAUGCUAAAAAUAUGUGUUAUAUUUAAUAAGGUAGAAACUUGACUGUAAAAAAAAAGACAUGGGAAUGUGUAUAAGAAGCACUUAUGGGAUAUUUAUUUAUUUUUCCAAUGAUACAACUAAACAUAAUUUUAUCAACAUCAAAAUGAAGAUCUAUUAUGUAGUGUCAACAUUUAUUCAUCAUUACAUUUGAAUUUUUAUGAAACUGUUGGGAAGUGUGUUAAGUUCAUAAUUAAUAUUUCACUGGGAUUAUAUGGAUUCAAAAAAGAGGAGUGCUUGUAAGCUUGAAUCAAUAUUCAUCUUAAACAUGAUAAUCUGCUACAUUGUCUAUUAUAGUGAAUAAAAUCAAAUACUGUACAA